AUGGUGACCAAAGUGUCGAAGAGUGCGACGACGCAGCGGUUCGUCGCGGUGACGGGCGCGUCGUCUGCGGAUGCGCAGCAGUUCCUUCGUGAUCAUAACUAUCGCCUCGAGGCCGCGGUCGAUGCGUACUUUAGCAAGGACCAAGGCGCCGCGCCACGGCUCUCGCCGCAGCAGGAGAAGGAGGCUACGGCCGCGCUCCACGCGCUCUUUGACGAGUACAAGGACGAUGCGGAGCCUGAUACCAUCACUGCCGAAGGCGCGCUGACCAUGUUUAACGAGAUCAAUGUCGAUGUCGCAAGCGUUGCGGUGCUGCCGCUGUCCUACUACCUCGAUUCGCCGUCGUUGGGGCACUUUACGCGCGCCGGCUACGUCGAGGGCUGGCUACGCCUCGGCCUUGGCGCGAGUCUGACCGGGUCGCCGUCUAAAGAAAAGGUGCUUGAGCUGCAGCAAGGCGUGGUGCCUGCGCUGAUGCAUACCUUUGCGACGGACGGCGCUGUGAUCCCCCCCCGCAGCCCGAUUCGCGCAACACCGUCCAAGAAGGGGCUGUAUACCACCGUGUACGAGUACACAUUCAUGUUUGCCCGCAGCGAAGGGCAGAAAAAUAUCGGCGUGGACGUUGCCAUCACCUUUUGGGACCUUUUGCUGCCGCAUGCGCCUUCGUACGACGCGGCGGGAACGCGCACAGAGCCCCCGUCCUUCACCCCUGCUCAGUUCACUCUAUGGAAGCGUUUCCUCACAGAAGAGGCCAACGUGCGCAUCGUCUCCAAGGAUACUUGGUCGCAGUUCCUCGAGUUCACGCAAGAAAUCGAUCCGAGCUUUGAGAGCCACGACUUUGACGCCGCGUGGCCGUCGGUCAUUGACGAGUUUGUCGAGUGGGCUCGCAAGCAACUCGCUCAUAAUGCAUAG